AUGCGUUUAUUCGUUGGUUAUAAAUCAUCAAAUCAAAGCUUUAAACAAUUAGAAGUAGAAACCGAAAGAGGUGAUGCCGGUUAUCUUCAGAUGGAUUGCGCCCGUGAAUCUUUCGCAUUUGCAACAUAUAAACCAAAAUCAGAAAGGAAAGUUAAAAAGUUUGUUCAUUCGUUAUAUAAUAAUGUUCAAAAAUAUGAUAACUCAGUAUGUGGUAAAUAUAUUGACCCUUCAGAAGUUUUCAAGAAAGCAAAUGAAGAAGUUGAUAUCACUUUUGAUAUGAUUAUUCCGGUAAAUGAUUUGUUAGCAUUUCAGGCGUUCGAUGAUUAUCCUAAAUCAUUUGGUGAAAUCAUUCUUAAAUAUUAUGUUUUCAGGGAUACUUUAGUAUUUUGUCAGGUUGACCCGUUAAGAGUUGCUGAUUUACAAAAUUACGUUUAUGAAAAGAUAACUGAUGAAAAUUAUGAAAAGAUUAUGAAUCAUGUUUAUAAAUAUGAUCGCAAAUUCCAACAAAUCGGACUUCCUGCCAAAUUAAUUACAAGCUUAGCCGCUACAUCUGCUGACGCAACAGUUGAUGACGUUAUUAUUUCAUGCACAAAGAUGGAAGUUUUAGAGGAUAAAUGCAUUACACCAGGAUACG